AUGGCCUCUCCUGCGACACUGGCGACGUUGGGAGGCGCGAGGGCCAGUCCUUCUGGGGGGCUGGACUGCUGCUCCUCCCCUUUGGUGCUGGGGAGAAUCCGGGUGGUGUCUAGGAUAACCUACUCGAAUUGUCUGCUGACGCGGCGAUGGGCUCACGGUGUCUGCAAGUGCAUGGUGAGGACGGAUCUGAUGGAGAAGGGGAGCACGGAGUCUGCCAUUAGAGGCGCCAGCAGCCCCAUCAGCGGCGCCAGCAGCAUCAGCAAGGAUGAGAACUCCGACAUUAUUCUCAAGCCUGCUCCCAAACCAGUUUUGAGCGCGCGCCCGAGUUCCCCGGUGGAACCCGUGAGCCCGACCCCCUGGAGCCCCGCAAAGCUCGUCCGCGACGACCGGGUAGAGAGGGCGGCGGAGGACAGGGAAAAGGUGAUAGAGUCGCUCGGGGAGGUCCUGGAGAAAGCCGAGAAGCUGGAAGCAUCGACCUCUGUAAAAUUGACUGGUAGAGAGGCUAAGACUGAAGGUAGGUUAAACAACAAUAGUCCUAGAGUAGGUAAGCCAGAACCUGAGAGUUCAGCUCUCCGGAAGUCGAAGACGCUCAAAAGUGUGUGGAGGAAGGGCAGCCCGACCGCCAAUGUGGAGAAGAUCGUUAAGGAAGUUCAGAAAGUCAACAAGGAGCCAGAAGAAGGGAGUCAGCUUCCGCCGGUGGCAGAGUCCAGAAGGUCGGACGCACAGCCUCGGGCCCCCAUCAGAGCUCAGCCUCCUUCCCAAUUUGCGCCGAAUUUACAGGCGAGACCUGUGGUGGCUCCCCCUCCAGCUCCGCCUGCAGUGAAGAAGAGUGUGGAGCGGACUCCCAUCCUUAUAGACAAGUUUGCGUCCAAGAAGUCAGCUGUUGAUCCUAUUAUAGAGCAGGCAGUGCUGGUGCCGAUGAAGCAGGGAAAAGGGCCUCCUCCUUCGAAGGUCAAGGAGGAGCGGCGAAGGAAAUCAAAUACCGCUGGGGGUCUGCGGCGGAGAUUGGUCCAGGACGGCAGCAUUCCAGCGGAGGAUGCUUCGGAGCUGGAUGUCUCAAUCCCUGGCGCUACAGCCAAAAGAACAGGGAGAAAGUGGAGCAAGGCAAGCAGGAAGGCAGCAAAGCUCAAGGCCUUAGCUGCUGCAGCUCCUGUGAAGGUGGAAAUUCUUGAGGUUGGCGAAGAGGGCAUGCUGAUCGAAGACCUGGCUUACAGUCUGGCGAUCAGUGAAGCAGAUAUCCUCAGCUAUCUGUUUGCAAAGGGUGUCAAUCCUGAUAUGGCGAGCACCUUGAACAAAGACAUGGUGAAGAUGAUAUGCAAGGAGUACGAGGUAGAAGUUAUAGAAGCAGAAGAAGUCAAAGUGGAACAGAUGGCGAAGAAGAAAGAGGUGUUUGACGAAGAAGACUUGGACUUGUUGGAAGAAAGGCCCCCCGUCAUCACAAUCAUGGGCCAUGUGGAUCACGGAAAGGCAUGCUUCUUCCUCAAUUUUAUUUUCUACGAUGUUAGCCAUUCAUAUUAAGAAGACUGGUCCCUGAUGCCAUGUCUCCAUUGUUCUUUCCAUUUGCAGACCUCGUUGUUGGACUAUAUCCGGAAGAGUAAGGUAGUGUCUCUCUCUCUCUCUCUCUCUCUCUCUCUCUCUAAAGAAAGAAGCCAUCUACAUUUCUCAUUACACCAGACACCUAAGGGAUGACGGCUAGAAUCCUACAGGUCGUGGCAUCUGAAGCAGGAGGAAUAACACAAGGCAUUGGAGCUUAUAAGGUUGAGGUCCCCUUUGAUGAAGGGCUUGCAUACUGUGUUUUUCUUGACACUCCUGGGCACGAGGUAAGCCAGGAAGAUUUCAAAGCAUAGUUUUAGCUCAGUGCAAAUGCUUCAGUAAUCCAUUUAGCUUGGUCCAGAGAUGAUGUAAUAUCUGUCUUUUAGGCAUUUGGCGCCAUGAGGGCGCGUGGAGCGAGAGUUACCGACAUCGCCAUCAUUGUUGUGGCUGCUGAUGAUGGCGUCCGACCUCAAACGAGUGAAGCCAUUGCUCAUGCCAAGGCAGCCGGGGUGCCCAUUAUAGUGGCAAUAAAUAAGGCAAGUCUUGUUGCUUCCAUUGUGAAUCUUUUAGUUGGUUUGUGGGUUUUAAGUAUAUUUUAUCCAUAUCAUCCCAUUAUGCUUCCUCAGAUAGAUAAAGAUGGAGCUAAUCCAGAUCGUGUGAUGCAAGAGCUGUCCUCGGUUGGUCUGAUGCCUGAAGAUUGGGGUGGCAAUGUUCCGAUGGUUAAGGUCAUUCUCUCUUUUCUGCGACAUGCAGUGAUAUUGCCUACUUUCCCGGAUGCCCACAGGGUGCUGAUGCCCAAUCCGUUUCUCCUGCAGAUCAGCGCUCUUAAGGGAGAGAAUGUGGAUGAGUUGCUGGAGACUGUCAUGCUCGUUGCCGAGGUACGUGCCAUCUGCUUUUUUCCUACUUUCUUGGCUAUUUAUCUGCGCGUUUUGCAUGCGGGUAUUCCAUUCUAUUCAUGGUAUUUCCCUCUUCCUAUUCCAUUCUGAAGCUACAAGAAUUGAAGGCAAACCCUCAUAGAAACGCAAGGGGCACGGUAAUUGAAGCGGGUCUUGAGAAAUCUAAAGGGCCAAUGGCCACAUUCAUCGUGCAGAAUGGUACACUCAAGAAAGGUGAUGUUGUAGUCUGUGGUGAAGCGUUUGGUAAGGUUAGUGAUCAUUAUUAUCCCAAAGUGUUUGCACUGUGAAAAUUUUCCCAUCUUGGCAAUAGGACUAGAUUACUCCAUGCUCGGACGAAUAAUUGGCAUACAAAAAAUGUCAUGUGAUCAGGUCCGAGCAUUGUUUGACGAUAGAGGAAAGCGUGUCGAUGAUGCUGGUCCGUCAAUGGCUGUGCAGGUACUGUUCUGGGUCUCUUACUUUUCUUAUCUUAAUCUCCUGCCAUCUUCUUAGAUUUCAUCUCCAAAUCAAGUCUUGCAGUGAGUAAAAUAAGAUGCUUGAGGGGUAAAAGUUUUCACUUUUUAUCUCUUCCCUGUGAGUGAUUGUUCAAAGCGACUUUUUUUAUUUUAUGGGAGUGACCAUUCAUUAUAUUACCAACAUUUAUGUGCUGGUGCAGAAUUUAGAAUGUCAAAGGUUUAUUUGAUAAGUUGGGUUCUUCUAGCUGUGGUGAUGGUAUAGGUAGAUGCUCCAGGAAUCAUGUGUUCAUCCGUCAAAGUAUCAGACAUUGGUGAUUGAUCCACUUCGAAUUUCUUUUCAUCUCAUAUUUGGCGAUUUAGGUAUUUGGCACGAUGGACACAGAGAUAAUGCUCAGAAAUUACAUUAGGUUCAGAACAUAGACUCUUGGAAACUGAAGAAAGUGUAUAUAUUUCAAGAAUUGUGCAAUGACACUAGCAUUCGACGGGUAAUUGAUACUCUAAUAUUUCAGCGAACCCGAGUGUUCAAUAGGAGCUUAUAGAGCUAAGUUGCAUCAGGAGAGCGGCUGAGUUGGAUUUUACUGUUAAUGACUUAGGUUGACUUUGACACCGGCUUCUAGAGGUCUAUUUGUCUGAACUUUCUUUAGGGGGCAUAUCUUUUUAAAGCUCUAGUCGUGAGAUUCAUCCCGUUCUAAUGUGUUAAAAGGAUUGGAUAUAUGGAUCGGACAAUCCAGAUAUGUUGGAUUGUACUUUGAUAGACCUUCAUCCCAACUUUAGUUGAUCUUUAGCAGAAUUGCGGUUAUACGAGUGGCAUUCUUCAAUCCAUUAGACAAAACUUUAAAAAAGACAGAUAUCUGGCAUUCGACGAUAAUUUUAAUGCUACAAUUUAGUUCUUUAUAGUCAAUUUUCUAUUUCGGGUUUUUGUAUUUGUCAUUUUACUAUUCACACGGUUUUCCUUCUUUAUAUAAUGAUAUCCAUGGUUUAAAUGAUUAUUUAUUGAUCCCCAAAAAAUUAUAUGCGCCUAUGAACUAGCACCAACUACGAAUCCUGUCGUAUUCUUAUAAUGAUCGCCAGUUAGUACUAAAGGGGGUAUAUUGAUAGAAGCAAUCGAGGGUUGGUGCUGAAAUGAAGUUAUUAUAUUUAUUUUAAUCGCAUAAAAGGAAGAAGAAUUCACUUCUUCUUGGGGGAUGCUGUCCCUCUCAGUGGCUGCUAGUUUAGCUCCAUGUCAACGCUUAUGGAAAGAAGGCUGGGGAAAAUCCACUGUCUCUCAACAUUUGAUCGCAGGAGCUGGUGAGAUAAACUGGGUUUACAGGGUUGGGGCCAUCUUACUGAGAUCAUUCUCUCAGAAGAGCACCUGCAAGCCACCUCGUUAUUUCAGAACCAGUUCCUAACCCGGCUGCAUGAUCGAUGAUCUCUCCUUCACCCCAACUGAAGAAUUUGAGCAGAACUGAUUCCCCUGUUACCAACCUGUUGAUUGGACGUAUAGAUCUCGUAUAGCUGGCAAACUGGGUAGUUUUGUAUCCUGUUUUGUAUGCUUCAUUCUCUUCUACCCCAGGUCAUUGGACUAAACAACGUCCCAAUCGCCGGGGACGAAUUCGAGGUCGUUGACUCGCUGGACGCUGCUCGUGAGAGGGCGGAUGCAUGCGCUGAGUCUUUGCGUGCUGCGAGAAUAUCCGCCAAGGUCGGAGAGGGGAAGGUCACCCUGUCUUCUAUUGCUUCCGCCGUUUCAGCCGGGGGCCAGUCCGGGCUAGACAUGCAUCAAUUGAACAUCAUACUGAAAGUCGACGUCCAGGUACGCGCGCACUCUCAUCGCUCUCUUGAGAAGAUUUUGUCAAAGACGGGAAGCUGAAGGUUUGAUCUUCUUUCUUUGACCCAGGGAUCGAUUGAGGCGAUCAGGCAUGCGAUUCAGGUGCUCCCGCAGGAUAAUGUCACCCUGAAGUUCUUGCUACAGGCGCCGGGGGAUGUGAGCACCAGCGACGUUGAUCUGGCCGUCGCAGCAGAAGCGAUAAUCAUUGGUUUCAACGUGAAGGCGCCGGGUUCUGUUAAGAGCCAUGCUGACAAGUGGAAUGUCGAGAUUCGUCUAUAUAGAGUCAUUUACGAUCUGAUUGAUGAUCUGAGGAAGGCCAUGGAAGGGCUUCUCGAGCCCAUCGAGGUGAGGAGAAUUUUCUUCUUCUUUUUCUUUUUUUUUAAAUGAAUUGAAAUCAGCAGCGAUUACCUCACGCUCUCCCUCUCUCUGCUCCCAUCUCUUAGGAGCAAGUGCCCAUAGGAUCAGCAGAAGUUCGUAAGGUGUUCAGUUCAGGCAGCGGUCGGGUAGCCGGAUGCAUGGUGGCAGAUGGGAAGUUGGUGAAGGACUGCGGGAUUAAGGUUGUGCGCAGGGGGAAGACCGUGUACACGGGGAAGCUGGAUUCUUUGCGAAGGGUGAAGGAGGAGGUGAAAGAGGUAUUCUUCCGGCCCACCCACAUGCGCUCUGACGAUCGCGUGCAAUUCAUCUCUCUCACUGCCUCAAUGGGGCUCUUGAGAUCAGUGAACGAGGGGCCGACUAUAUCUGAUGAGCCCCGUCUCGUCACUUAUCGUCGCCCUCCCUUCCACGGGUCGUCCCCGUGGGGGCAAAGUUUGAGAAAGAUAUCGUGCCCGACUUCACCAAAUUUUUGCUCUCUCUCUCUCUCUCUCUCUCUCUCUCUCUCUCUCUCUCUCUCUCUCUCUCUCUCUCUCUCUCUCUCUCUCUCUCUCUCUAUCUCUCUCUCGCUCUGUCAGUCGCUGUUAGCUCAUAGACCAAACCCACCAUCUCAGGCCAUUCGUCUGAUUCGUUCAUUCAUUCUCUCUCAUGGGCUCUCUCUUUAUCUCUCCGUCGUCUCAGGUUGGUACGGGGCUCGAGUGUGGAAUCGGCGUGGACGAGUACAUGGACUGGGAAGUCGGGGACGUCAUCGAGGCCUUCAACUCCGUCAAGAGGCGGCGCUCCCUCGAGGAAGCGUCCGCGUCGGUGACGGCGGCGCUGUCUGGAGCCGGCGUCCAAGUGUGA